UAUAAAUCGAAUGGCGCAUAUUUCGAUGUGGCAUUUGUUCAGAACCCAUUGUUUUUAUUCCCAUGUUUCAGUUUCACCAUGAUUUGCUGACUUGGGUUCCCUCUCUCACAGUAACUCCUAGUUGAGUCUAGUCCCCUCGUAUUUAACGUUUUGUUCUCACCAUUCUCUUCUGGGUUGUAAAAGCUUGGAGUUCACAAUGGCUGUUGCUAUGGCUUCUUGCAGCCUUGGGCUUAGCUUGAAUGCUAGUACUUCUGGUUUGAAGAAACCUCUUGCAAAUCCAUUAACAACUGGUAGUUUGGUGGAAGGCUCCCCUGUGUUUGGCUCUAAAAGCAUCAGCAUUGUUCAGAAGGGAAGAUGGCCUUCUUCAUUGGCUUCAAUAAUUGCACAAGCAUCAUCUGCUACAGCAGUGGAGGAUGGUAAGUCGGAUGAAAGUGAUGUGAUUCCAGUUCCCAAAGUUAUCAUUGAUCAGGACUCUGAUCCAGAUGCAACUGUGGUGGAGAUAACCUUUGGAGAUCGACUUGGGGCUCUUCUUGAUACUAUGAGUGCGCUUAAGAACCUUGGCCUGAAUGUUGUCAAGGCCAAUGUGUUUUUGGAUUCUUCUGGAAAGCACAACAAGUUUGCCAUUACUAGAGCGGAUACUGGUAGGAAAGUAGAUGAUCCAGAGUUACUUGAGGCUAUUCGUUUGACAAUUAUUAAUAAUCUGAUACAGUAUCAUCCGGAAUCAAGCUCCCAGUUAGCAAUGGGAACAGCAUUUGGAAUUGUGCCGCCACCACAACAGGUUGACGUGGAUAUAGCAACUCAUAUACGCAUUCAUGAAGAUGGCCCCAACCGAAGUUUGCUUACCGUGGAGUCAGCUGAUCGUCCUGGAUUAUUGGUGGAUCUUGUGAAGAUUAUAACUGAAAUUAACAUUGCUGUUGAAUCAGGAGAAUUUGACACAGAGGGGUUGUUGGCCAAAGCAAAGUUUCACGUUAGCUAUAGGGGUAAACCUCUCAUCAAGCCUCUCCAGCAGGUUCUGGCAAACAGCUUGCGUUACUUUUUGAGGCGACCAGCGACUGAGGAGGCAAGUUUUUAAGCCAUGUAGGCCACAUUGAUGAAGUAUACUCGGAAGUUCACAACACUUAAGCUGAUGGAAUUUCUAGACUUUGUUGAAGUCAUUAAUUUGAGUUGAAGAAUAUAUGGAAAGAAACCAUAGUCCAGAAAUGUAAACUAAACACUUGAGCUUCAGCUGUUCAACUUCUAUAUAGAUAUACAAUGUUAUCAUCAACA